AUGGAAGUCAUAUCAUCGAUUGUCCUUCACGGAUGCAAGAUAGCCAGAGAGCUUGAGAUGAGCCUCCCCAAUAUUAUACUAACCAACCAGCACCCAUCCCUUCAGCUAAUCAACUCAUGUCAAGACAUUAUUAGGGUUUUCACCACCGCCCGCGACCACCUACUCGCAUCCCAACCCUCCACCUCUUACGUCGCCAUGUAUACUCAUCAUCACGCUGGGAUACUGCCUCUACCGCCGCCACCGCAACAGCCGCCAUUAAUGGAUCAGGGUAAUAAUAUUAAUCUUAUUGGAGAGGACUCAUGUCCAAUGUUGGACGUGCCUAAUUCCUCCAGGGCUACUGGAUCAUCUUUGCAGAGGACAAGAACAAGGAAGAGCGAUGGGGAUAGAGUUACGGUAAUGGUGCCGGCACCUCAGUUUGGGAACACGGAGAUUCCGCCGGAAGAUGGUUAUACUUGGAGAAAGUACGGUCAGAAGGAAAUUUACGGCUCUAGAUUUCCAAGAAGUUAUUAUAGAUGCACCCAUCAAAAGCUGUACAACUGCCUGGCCAAGAAACAAGUACAAAGGACGGACUCUAACCCACUUAUGUACGAGGUUAUCUAUCGCACCCAACACACCUGUCACAUGUCCUCAACCGCUCCAACUCCCGCAACUGCUUCGUCUUCAGACCCACCAGCUCCGCCUCACGUGCCGGUGGAAUCCCAACCCGCUAGCUGGUUAUCUAUGGACAUUAAUAGGCCUUCUGGAGGAGAAGGCCCGAGUACCUUCGUGAUGUGUCCAAACCCUAAUAUUGGCAGUGAGUUGGGCUUGGGUUUUGUUGUUGGGCCAACCGACAGUACCACCACCACCACCACCACCACCACCGCCACCACCACAACCGUUUGCCCUACCAUAAGGUACCCUAGGGAGGUGGACACGAUGGAUUACUACCAAGGGUUGGUAGAUUUAGCCGAUGGCAUGAUAAAUUCCGGGGAAAGUACUGGCGCCAGCAAUAACAUGGACCUCAUAUUUCCUUCAAUUGAUCAUGAUAACAAGUGGGAGGCUCGGGACAAGAAAUAA